AUGAACGAUAAGAAACCCCACGUAGAGCUUAGAUUACAAAAGGUAGUUUCUGGGUUUAACUCUGCAAUAUUUCGGGCAACUUCAAGCACCACAACUACAACCAACACACAGAAUACAGAUGGUGGCCAAGAUCUCUACGUUCUAGGCGGGGCUAGGCGGGCUAGGCUGGGGCAAGGGUCGCUAGGCGGUCUAGGCGGGCGACAUGAGGGUAUAUGCAGAUGGUGGCCAAGAUCUCUGUGUUCUGGGCGGGGGCUAGGCGGGCUAGGUUGGGGCUAG